GACGUCUUCUUUUUACUCCACAAAGAUGUAAGAAUAGAACAAAUUGAAGCCCGACCUGCAUGUCAAUAGAAUCCCUCGUCAUUUUGUUUGGUUAUUGUCUUGUGCAUGGUUAGCGUACUUUUAGCUUCGGAAUUCUGGAACUAGAAUGCGGGGAACUUCUGUCAAAUUGACAUUUCUAUUCCCCGGAUGGAUGGCUUCCGCGGAAGUGUCAGAUCGACAAAGGCAUACGCAGAUGGUGAUCCAGUUUCCUUCAUGCUUUCAUUGCCGGCUUGGCGAAAAGAUCUCCAUUGUAUGCACUUUUAUGGUAUACGUCAUCUGCCUUGCGUACCUUCUCCGUGGAGUCCUAGAUUCAAUUCAUCAAAGAGCCAGUUACGGAGCUAAUGCCAUCUUCAUUUCAUCGUUUCAGCUACUCGUUUGAAGGGUUUACGGGAAAGUUGAGGUUGCCAUGA